GAAACACGUACCGUUCAAACGCCAUUUUGAAAAACAGGCACCUUUAACUCGUUUUUCCAGAGGAGCAGUACACCAGCAUAUUUGCUCUUCCGUGAACGUUACUUUCAGUUCGCCUGAAAUAUAUUUUAUAUUCUUAAUUUAAUAACUCCGAAAUAUCGUGUAAAUGACUAACAUGGCUAACCGAAAUCUUAAACAGGUUAAUAUACACAACAGCGCUCCGUCACCCAGACCCCAUAGCACCAGUCGCAAUUCGGAGUCGCCUGCCGCCGAACAAGGGCCAAAGAUGGAGGGACCAACAACGUCAACUACCGAUUCCAUUUCUGACUCUGGCGCUGGUGAGCCACUGGAGAUGACUCUUGACUUAAAAGGCUUCAGGAAACCAGGAGAGAAAACGUUUACUCAGCGCUGCAGGUUGUUUGUGGGUAAUCUCCCAACUGACUUGACGGGGGAGGAUUUCAAAAAGCUCUUUUCAAAAUAUGGAGAAGCCAACGAAGUGUUCAUCAACAGAGACCGGGGAUUCGGAUUCAUCCGGCUGGAAACCAGGAUGCUGGCGGAGAUCGCGAAAGCUGAGCUGGACGGAACCGUCAUGAGGAACCGUCCAAUCCGGAUCCGCUUCGCCACCCACGGUUCAGCGCUGACGGUGCGCAAUCUUUCCCAGACGGUGUCCAACGAGCUUCUGGAGCAGGCUUUCUCCCAGUUUGGACCCGUGGAAAGGGCCAUUGUCGUGGUUGAUGACCGUGGCAGACCGACUGGCAAAGGAUUCGUGGAGUUUGCUUCAAAACCUGCUGCCCGCAAGGCCUUGGAGCGCUGUGGGGAUGGGGCCCUUCUGCUGACAACGUCACCCCGUCCUGCUAUUGUUGAGCCAACAGAGCAGUUUGAUGAUGAAGACGGCCUACCCGAAAAGUUGCUGCAGAAAUCUGCACAAUAUCACAAGGAGAGGGAGCAGCCCCCACGCUUUGCCCAGCCGGGCACCUUUGAGUUUGAGUACUCCUCUCGCUGGAAGGCCCUGGAUGAGAUGGAGAAGCAGCAGCGCGAUCAGGUGGACCGGAACAUCCGCGAGGCCAAGGAGAAACUGGAGGCCGAGAUGGAGGCCGCACGACACGAGCAUCAGCUCAUGAUGAUGAGACAAGAUCUAAUGAGGCGUCAGGAGGAGCUGAGACGUUUGGAAGAGCUGAGGAACCAGGAGCUUCAGAAGCGGAAGCACAUAGAAAUGAGGCACGAGGAGGAGAGGAGGAGGCGGGAGGAGGAAAUGAUGCGCCAUCGGGAGCAGGAGGAGAUGAGACGGCAACCGGACGGGUACAAGCCUAACUACAUGGACAGCAGAGAGCAGGAUAUGAGAAUGGGUGAUAUUGGUCCACGUGGAGCGAUAAAUAUGGGAGAUGCGUAUAACCCAGCCACUGCUGGCGGUAACCAGGGGCAACCUCAAAUGAUGGGCAUGAGCAUGACCAACCGUGGUGGAGCCAUGGGGCCCGAGGGAGCGGCUGGCAUGGGGACGCCAAUGAUGCCGGAUAACGGAGCCAUGCGCAGUGAUAGAUUCCCCCAGAGCGGUGGCCCCCCUCCUCUGGGCUCUCCCAUGAGCGGCCGACCCGGACUGGAGGCCCAGCAGCAGCAGCAGCAGCAGCAGCAGCAACAACAGCAGCAGCAGCAGCAGCAGCCGCCGCCGCCGCAGCAGCCACAGCAGCAGCCACAGCCGCCCAUGGUGGGGGCGGUUCCUGUGGGGGUGGGCGGCGGCGGGCCCGGGGGUUUUGGGAGAGGCAGCCCAGUCGGGGCCGCCUAUGACGGACCCAGCAACAAACUUCGCAGAUACUGAGCCCAGCGGCCUUCCCACACGUGUGCAGAACACCUCCUCUGCAGUCGCUUGCACCUCACCUCACCUCACCUCACCUCACCGUUCUUCUUUGGCUUUUAUUUUUGCAAGAUUUGUCUGGCUCAGUUUGGUUUGCCUAAUCUGCGGAUGAGCCGAGUUCAGCAGCUUAGCAGCAGAGGAUGUGUUAAAUGAGAAGGGAUUUAAAUGCAACCUGUACACAAAGAAAGCGAUGUCAAAAGAGCUUUGAUAUCACUCUGCGGACAUGCAGCCCAGUUUGACCCUAGAUGUUCACAUUUAUAGCAGAACUGUAGUAUUUUCCCACAUUGGUAAACUGCUUAUACCGUGAAUGUGAAAUGAUUUAAAUCAGCAUAUAUCAGUAGUUAUAGAUUGCUGCCAUGAGUAUUACUUGCUUUUAUAUUGCGGUGUAGUAGGCUAUUUCCUUUAGCUUUUCAGAUUCUUGUUGGAUUAGUGUCAUUGAAAGCUAUGAAUGAGUACUUUCUUGUGUUUGUGUAGGCUUUUUAGUCUUCUAGUGUUAAACUGCAUGCCUAUGCCUUGUUCCUUCUGAUUGCAGUUACUGGUUAUAUUCUUAAUCAUGUUGUUUUCUGAAGAAUUCUGGCAUCUGUAAUAAAACAGAAUUGAAAUGCUCAC